AUGGCCACAGACGAUAAGAAACUCCGCAUCGUAAGCGUGGGAAGCUCAUUUGCAGCGGGUCCCGGGAUCCCCCCACAACUCGAGCCCCUUUCUGCGCGGCGCUCAGGACAGAACUACCCGCAUCUCGUAGCAAAAGAGCUAAAUGCCGAGCUCACCGACCUGACAGUCUCUGGCGCGACCCUUUUAAACAUCACGGUCGAGCCACAAAGUGCUGCCUUUUCAAAGGAUGUAUUUCAACCCCAGAUCGAGUCUAUUCCCGAAGAUGCAGACAUCAUCACGGUUACUGCGGGCGGAAACGAUAUCGGCUACAUCGGUAACAUGAUAUUUGAUGCUGGAACAGGCACUACGCUGGGGUGGAUGGCCAAUGCCGUCAUACAAACCGUCAGAUCCGCUAUAGCGGUCCUCUCCACGGCACAGGAGACCCCUACUUCCCUCUCACCAGAGGAACUGUCUCAUAGAAUGGGUGAUGUUCUUGAUCAGAUACAUAAGAAAGCUCCCAAAGCACGUGUCUAUCUAGUUGAAUAUCUUGCUGUGGUGGGCCCCAGUACAAAAGCCAAUGUUGAUAUCUCAUUCAGUCAAGAAAAGAUUGAUCACCAUUGCCAGGUGGCAUCUUCGUUGCAGAAUGCGUAUAUCGCGGCUGCAGGGGCAAGAUCAGAAUGGUGCGAAACAGUCCCGAUUCAUGAACUUAGCUUGGGCCAUGUGCUGGGCAGCCAAGAGCCAUGGGUCGGAGGCUUCAGCUUAUACUCGCUGAUCCGAGAGGGAAUCGUUCUUCAUCCAAACCUUAACGGAAUGAAAGCGGUCGCUAAUAUCUUGCUACCCAAGAUCCAGAAGAACCUGGCUGCACAGCCUUAA